CGCGGGCGGGGCGCUGCGCUCUCGCCGCCCCGGGGUGUGGUUCCCGCGGCCCGGCCGGGCGCGGAGGCGGGUUUAAGGAGGCGGCCGGCCGGGCCCGGUUCACUCGCGCUCCCGCCGCCACCGCGCCCCGCCAUGGAGCGGCCGCCGCCGCGCGCCCUGCUCCUCGGCGCCGCCGGGCUGCUGCUCCUGCUCCUGCCCCUCUCCUCUUCCUCCUCUUCGGACGCGUGCGGGCCCUGCGAGCCGGCCGCCUGCCCGGCCCUGCCCCCGCGGGGCUGCCCGCUGGGCGAGACCCGCGACGCGUGCGGCUGCUGCCCGGUGUGCGCCCGCGGCGAGGGCGAGCCGUGCGGGGGCGGCGGCGCCGGCAGGGGGCACUGCGCGCCGGGCAUGGAGUGCGUGAAGAGCCGCAAGAGGCGGAAGGGCAAAGCCGGGGCGGCAGCCGGCGGCCCGGGGGUGAGCGGCGUGUGCGUGUGCAAGAGCCGCUACCCGGUGUGCGGCAGCGACGGCACCACCUACGCCAGCGGCUGCCGGCUGCGCGCCGCCAGCCUGCGGGCCGAGAGCCGCGGGGAGAAGGCCGUCACCCAGGUCAGCAAGGGCACCUGCGAGCAAGGUCCCUCCAUAGUGACGCCCCCCAAGGACAUCUGGAACGUCACUGGCGCCCAGGUGUACUUGAGCUGUGAGGUCAUUGGAAUCCCAACGCCUGUCCUCAUCUGGAACAAGGUACAAAGGGGUCACUAUGGAGUUCAAAGGACAGAACUCCUGCCUGGUGACCGGGACAACCUGGCCAUUCAGACCCGGGGUGGCCCAGAAAAACAUGAAGUGACUGGCUGGGUGCUGGUGUCUCCUCUAAGUAAGGAAGAUGCCGGAGAAUAUGAGUGCCACGCGUCCAAUUCCCAGGGACAGGCUUCGGCAUCUGCAAAAAUUACAGUGGUUGAUGCCUUACAUGAAAUACCAGUGAAAAAGGGUGAAGGUGCUGAGCUAUAAUCAAGCAGAAUAUGUAUUAGUCUGCACAGCUAAAAGUAGUUGUGGAUAACUACAACCCCCGUUCUUGCCUAAUAACAAGUUUCUUUUAAUCCAGUCUACUAACACUUUAUAUUCACUGGUUGGACACAGAGAGACACAAAAUAAAGAUAACACAUGAAGACUAUCUACAAAAAUUUAUUGUCUAUUUACAGAAGAAUGAAAGCAUGCAUGUCAUUAAACAAAACAAAUUAAAUGCUUUUUAUUGCAAUGCA